AUGUUUUUAACAAUUGACUUAAAUCAUAGUGCUGAAAAAUGUACACGUAAACUAGUUAGAAUGAAUAUACCUCCUGGACAAGAAGUAUAUGUGAAAGUAUGUCCGAUAAUUCUUGACAAUUGUGCACAAAAACGAAGAUAUGAUCCUUUUUUUGGUUUACUUGGUCAACGUCUUUGUUUACUAAAAACAGAAUAUAUUGAAUGUUUUGAAAAAGCUUUUCAAGAUCAAUAUGACUUAGUUCAUCAUCUUGAAAAUGUCAAAUUGAAAAAUGUGCCAAAAUUUUUUGCAUAUAUGUUGGCUACAAAUUUGAUUUCAUGGAGUGUGCUUCGUUGUAUUCGCCUUUUUCCUCGUGAUAAUCCAAAAAAUACUAAAUUUUCAAUCAAUUUUUUUGCAUCAAUUGGUCUUGAUGGAUUAACAAAUGAAUUAUGA